UGAUGAUCCCUUCAUGACUUCGAACCCCGGACUGCUACCCCUCUAUGUUACUCUGGCACCGCACUCUAGAUCUUUGGUAGGUAGUUACAAGACGGCUGAUAGAUCCCUGCAGCCUGCCAUGCAAUGACCGUGUAAGAACUACAACCUGGCGCUUGGUAAAGUUCGAUACGGACCAAUGACCAGCCUUACCUAGGUGACGCUCCCGUACAGCAAUUGCAUGUCCGCAUGUGAACAAAUCAUGGUACAAUGCGACCACACCGCCUGAACGCAACUGCGCUCACAUAAAUCUCUUGCUUGUUCCUGUCCUACUUCUGAUGACAGAACACCACAAUACCACAGGUAAACAUGCAAGACACUAGCUCCAACGCCUGCAGCCGCCUCGUCUCCGCCAACGCCUUAGCCGAUUUCCAAACCUCAAACGCCACAACUCAGUUAUUCCUCGGUGGAAGCACAAGACCAUGGAUGACAACCCCCCAAACACCUCGAGUCCCAAUUGCAAGAAGACACACACCACAGCAUUCACAGGAUGGCUCCCAACGAACAGGUGGAAUCCCUUCUGUGCAUGGAGCGCAAGCCUUUACAAACGUUCCAGUUACACACACGCCUCCUGCGCAGCCGGUUCGAAGCCAGGCAGCACACCUCCCACAUCCAGGUAUCCAAAGUCCUACAGCAGCCCGAUCUGCCACAAGCAUUGUUCAGCAGAAUGGAACCAUGCGCUUGACAGAAUUCGGGCCUUCGAUGGUUGAGAUUCAACCUACAGAACGACAAACUACCAGUGUCGCAACAGUUGCCGCUCCGAUUCCCCCAAGCGUUCCGCUUUCAGACGCUGCGAUGCCGCCUUCUAACGUUACCUCCAUGCCUGGUGUGAGCGGCGAGAGGAGGAGGAAGCGAUCAAAGAUCUCUGACCUCCUCAAUGAUCAGGUUCCACAUUCUAGCAAGAGGAUGACACCAAUUUCUGGGUCGACACGUAUCUCUCCACAACUACCCACGCCGGUUGGUUCUCCCGCAGAAGAAUCCGACGUCGAUUUACUUAGUACCCAGCUGGAAACAGCGCUUGGAAUGGUUAGGUAUCGCCCUUCUACCGUGGACCAGAGACCGGACUUCGAUCAAUUUAGGAUCGACAUGCUGCGCGAGGCCUGCCGAUUGAACGAUACCUUCUUCCUCGUAGUGCACCUUAUCUUGUGUGCCUGGUCUCAUCGUCGGGAUGCUCUAUUAUCGCAGCUUGGUUUGACCCCAAUCCAUGAACAAGGCCUUUUGACUCUGCAGCAGCAAUAUUUGGGGUUACAACGUCAAUUAAGCGUUGAAUUGGGUCGUGUACUUUCCACCUUCCCAUGUCCAGUCGAACAACUUCUGGCCGCAAGCUCGCGCCUUGUCAGCCUUGUGGAGCCUGUCAAGCAGUUCUUGUUGUGCGUGGCCCAGAAGUUACCCUAUACCAUUGAGUACUUUAUCAAUCGACAAUGUCCUCCAUGGCCGAUCGAGCUCAAGGUCACACUGGGCCUUUCUUCAAUUGUCCUUCAGAGACAAUUUUUCCAGACAUUUCUGAAAUGGCUUGGGACUGAUCAGGAUUGGGACCGGAAGGCUUUACAGCUCUUCGAAUGUGCACGGGAAGACCCCUCUCAAAAUUCGCUUCCGGCAGGCGAGCUCUAUCCAGCUCAAGUGAGAACGCCUGCCGACCAUUUCUGCGAGCAAUACAAGCAGCUCUGGUUACAGCACUUUGGCCAGCAUCACACGCAGCCUCUAGACCCGUCCGCCCAACCAUGGCCAGAGGAUAUUCGAGGCCCAGCUCCAGCAUAUCCAUAUCCUGCUCAGCAACCCUCGCCCGCUGCUCCUGUACCUCGGGGGAACCCUAUCAAUCAACAAACUCCUACAAACUGGUCGCACUAUGCCAGUCGGUCCAAUACCCCUGCCGUCUAUUACAGCGCUCCUUCAGUGCGGUUUCCGCCCAUCGUUCCUCCUGAGUCAUCCAUGACAAGCCGAGCUCCUGUCGUGACUAUGUCAGUGCCACAUCUUUCCAUGUUACAAGCUUCUCCCCAACUUGCCGUCAAUAAUCAUACUGGGCAAAUGCCCUCAGGAAGCCUCUCGCAGCCCAUCGCCAAUUCCAGGAUGAUGCAGACCAGUCCACCAGUGCCGCAGUCAAUGCCUUCGGCUAUUGUCCAGCGCCAGGUAGAGAAUGAUCUGCUGAUUCCACGAAAUGCUCCGCAAACAUUGCCGACGCUUGCUAUACCAGAACCCCACCGUCAUGCGCUACACCAGGUCCAUCUGUGCAGUCCUGUCCUCGAAAAUCUCAAUGCCAAAACACAAGCCAACAGCAAAUGGUAUCACUAUGUCGAAAAUGUAAUCAGACUGAGACCCUUGCUUGAUGCUGAAUCGCCUAUGUGUCAGUGGAAGUUGGAAAUUCCGGAAUGUUACUGGGCAACAAAGGCCCAAAGCCAAAAAUUCAUGAAGGACUCUUUUGUCAAUCGUCGAAAGAUCACCAAUGGAAGCACACAAUUCAGAUUGAAAUGCAUAGCUUCAGACGACAGACAGGCAUUGGAGAGUAUUCCCUUGUCGGAUCUUGUCGUGCAACCUGGACGAUGGCCACGUCAUUUGUCUGUCUCGAUCAAUGGUGAUAUGGGGGUUGAUUUCUGCCGCAAAGUCCACCACGGCGCAGAUCUACCCACGGAUGUAACUGACUUAUUGAUAGACGGUGUCAAUGAGGUGAUUGCUUGCGUUAGUUUUACGCAAUCAGAGGCUCCAACUGCUUACAUGAUGGCCAUCGAAGUAACCCGCGUGGCAGACGAGGAGAAGGUUCGCUCGAUGACGGGGCACAUCUCCGCUGAAGAAGUCUCAGCUUCAAUCAUUGCCGUGCUGAACGGCAAUAACGACAUCAGCGCCGACGAAGAGUUAGUCAUUUCGCAGCCACAUAUCAGCAUUGACCUUGUCGACCCCUUCACGUCAACCAUGUGGAAUACGCCUGUACGCGGUAAAAUGUGUCAGCAUCGUGAAUGCUUCGAUCUCGACGCGUUCCUUGACAGUCGCACCGAUCAUGAUGGUGUGACAAGUCCCGAUCAGUGGAAUUGUCCGAUUUGCAGGAGUGAUGCCCGGCCGCAAAUGUUGGUACUCGACCGCUUUCUUGCCAACGUCCGCACGAGGCUGGAAGGACUGAACAAACUGGACGCCAAGGCGAUACUCGUCAAUAGGGAUGGCACUUGGGAAGUAAAGCGAGAGCCGCCGGGCAAGUCGGAUAGAAGCACAAAGUACACGACGGCAAAGAGAAAGCCUCGUGCAAACACGCCAAAACCGGUUAAAGAAGUGUCAACGGUACCUCAUGCAGAGACUUCGGCGGUCGCGCCGCCGUCGGACACAGUUAUUGUCCUUGACGACGAUUGACAUUGCAUUGCCUUGCUUCGUUCUAAUCGGCGGCAAGCCAGGCGACUGUCGUUGACGAUCUAUUUGAUUUGAGAUAUCAACAUCGGGUGUUCACCUGGAAGCUGCAGCAGAAGCUGAAUGCUUCGAUGACGGCGAGGGCUAUGCAUUUCCUCUUUUCUCCUUGAGUGCUUGACGAGGCUGAUUGAACUUGCAUGCCCCAUCUUGCAUGCGGGUUUGAACAUGAUGACGAUUGGAUGUAUUGAGUGAAAUUCUUCCGGUGACCUAUGAGUGGGCUAGCUAAAAAAAAAAGGAGAACGGCGUUUGCUGGUGGACCAGGAGGGGAAGAAAGCUGACCGUGUUGGAAAAGGGGCAAUUUCUGCACGGUGGCCAUCUGGUUGACUUGCGCUGAAAACUUUGGAGGAUAAUGAACCUGGACUUAUUUGAUCGGUAUGCGUAAUUGAGACACACAUAAUCGUCGCAUUGCUUCUUGAUGCACAGACCACGGACAUAGGAAGCUCCUUGGAAUGAAUACACGAUUUUCAAAAUG